AUGGAAACUGAGAUAGACUCGCUACCAGCUCUCAUACGUAUUCGUUUGAGGGAUAUCCCGUCCUUCAUUAGGACUACUUACCCGGAAGACGGCAUGAUCAAGACAUUGUUGAUUGAGACAGAACGAGUUAAACGAGCUUCUGCUAUUAUUUUGAACACAUUUGACGACAUAGAACAUGAAGUUCUAGAUGCACUUAAAAAUCUACUACCACCUAUCUACUCCAUUGGACCCUUGCAUCUACUGCUUGAUCAGCAUCACGGGCUAAUUGAGUUUGGUUGGGGACUUGCAAACAGCAACAAGACAUUUUUCUGGGUAAUUAGGCCUGAGCUUGUUGGAGGGGAAUCAGCUGUGGUUCCAGCCGAGUUCGUGGAAGAGACAAAAGAGAGGAGUCUAUUGAUAACUUGGUGCCCUCAAGAACAAUUGCUGAACCACCCUGCAAUAGGAGGGUUCUUGACUCACAGUGGGUGGAACUCAACCCUUGAAAGUGUAUGUGCAGGAGUUCCAAUGAUCUGUUGGCCUUUUUUUGCUGAGCAACAAACCAAUUGUAGGUAUUGUUGCAAAGAUUGGGGCAUAGGCAUGGAGAUAGAGGGUGAUGUGAACAGAAGUAACAUAGAGGACCUUGUGACCAAACUAAUGGACGGAGAGGAGGGAAAAGACAUGAGGAAGAAAGCUAUGGAAUGGAAGAAGCUGGCAAAGGAGGCUGCUACUGGUCCCAAAGGAUUAUCUUUUCUGCAUUUGAACAAAAUGGUGAAUGAGGUGUUUCUCUCUACGAAAUUGAAGUAG